UUAAUAUCAUAAUUAUCUUUUAUAUCUAUAUAUUGGUUAUAUUCUCUAUAUUUAUUUCACAUAUUAUUAUUAAUAUUUUUUAAGUGAGAAUGUUAAUUUUCCAAAGAAACAGAUUAAUUGAAGGUUAUAAUUUAAGAAUAUUUAAAAAAAAUAUUAGCACUUUUGCAAUCGUAUAAAAUUAUAGACCUGCUUAAUACUUUUACUAAAUUUGAAGAAGAUAAUACAGUUUGAGUCGAGUAGGUAAACGGUAAUACCUUUUCCGUGCAAAUUAUGCGAAAAAUUCUCAAGCGUACCUCGGUCGCCUGUACCAGAGGAAACGAUAUGUGAUAUUGGAAAUUAUUAUUAUGGACAAGGACAUCCUAUGAAGCCACAUCGUAUAAGGAUGACACAUAAUUUACUUUUGAAUUAUGGUCUCUAUAGGAAGAUGGAAAUAUAUCGUCCACAUAAAGCUACAGCAGAUGAAAUGACAAAAUUUCAUAGCGAUGACUAUAUUAGGUUUUUGAGAUCAAUAAGACCUGAUAAUAUGUCAGAGUAUAAUAAACAAAUGCAACGAUUUAAUGUAGGAGAAGAUUGCCCUGUCUUUGAUGGUUUAUAUGAAUUUUGUCAAUUAUCAGCUGGAGGUUCUGUUGCUGCCGCUGUGAAACUUAACAAACAGGCCUCAGAAAUUUGCAUAAAUUGGGGUGGUGGUUUGCAUCAUGCCAAAAAAAGUGAAGCAUCUGGAUUUUGUUAUGUAAAUGACAUUGUAUUAGGAAUACUGGAAUUGCUCAAAUAUCAUCAAAGAGUACUAUAUAUUGAUAUUGAUGUUCAUCAUGGAGAUGGUGUAGAAGAAGCUUUUUAUACCACCGAUAGAGUUAUGACAGUUUCUUUUCAUAAAUAUGGUGAAUAUUUUCCUGGUACUGGUGAUCUGCGUGAUAUUGGUGCUGGGAAGGGAAAGUAUUAUGCAGUCAAUAUACCACUAAGAGACGGUAUGGAUGACGAAAGCUAUGAGUCAAUAUUUGUACCUAUUAUUUCUAAAGUGAUGGAAACUUUCCAGCCUUCUGCUGUGGUCCUACAAUGUGGUGCUGAUUCAUUAACUGGAGAUCGGUUAGGCUGUUUCAAUUUAACAGUGAGGGGUCAUGGGAAAUGUGUUGAAUUUGUAAAAAAAUAUAAUCUACCCUUCUUAAUGGUUGGUGGUGGUGGAUAUACAAUCAGAAAUGUAUCUAGAUGUUGGACAUACGAAACUUCGGUUGCUCUUGGUUCUGAAAUUGCAAAUGAGUUACCCUAUAAUGAUUACUUUGAAUAUUUUGGUCCUGAUUUUAAGCUGCACAUUAGUCCUUCAAACAUGGCAAAUCAAAAUACUCCUGAAUAUCUUGAGAAAAUUAAAACCAGACUGUUUGAAAAUUUAAGAAUGUUACCGCAUGCCCCAGGUGUGCAGGUUCAACCAAUUCCAGAAGAUGGUGCAGUCAUUGAAGAUUCAGAGGCUGAAGAAAAGGUAAAUCCAGACGAAAGAUUACCACAACGAGAUUUAGAUAAAAGAAUACAACACGAAAAUGAAUAUAGCGACAGUGAGGAUGAAGGUGAAGGGGGGCGAAGAGAUAAUAGGUCAUUUAAGGGUUCCAGAAAACGACCACGUCUAGAAAAAGGACAAGAAGGUAUAGAAAGUGAUCUAAAAAAAGAAGAAGACAUAAAAUCAGAACCAAAAGAAAAUGAGAAAGAUGAGAAAACGAAUGUUACAAAUGAGGAAACGAAGAAAGAUGGUGGAUCGAAUCCCUGAUAAAUGGUAUUUGUUUCCAAAAAGAAAUUGAAAAAAGUUUUUAUUUAAAUUAAUCAUAAAUCAGUAUAGGUAAAUUAAGUGAACAAAUAUGUAGUGCAUAAUAGAUGUCUGUUGUCUCGAACUGGACAUACCAUUGUAAACAAUAUGAUUUCUUUUAUUCUUUGAUUCAAAACCAUACAAAUACUUUAAUAGUAAUAUAUAUAUAUAUAUAUAUAUACAUAUAUCCUAUAUAUAUCCAAUAUACAUAUACAUAUAUGUAUAUAUGUGUAUAUAUAUAUAUAUAUAUAUAUAUAUAUAUAUAUAUAUAUAUAUAUAUAUAUAUAUAUAUAUAUAUAUAUAUAUAUAUAUAUAUAUAUAUAUAUAUAUAUAUAUAUAUAUAAACGCACAUAUAUAUGUGUGUGUGUAUAUAUAUAUAUACAUACACACACACAUACAUAUAUCUUUAUUAAAUUCGAGGCAAGAGACAUUAUUAUCACUUAUGUACAUCUACGAGCAUACAAUUGACAUGAUAGACCCUCAGUAAUUUCAGUUAUCUCAUUAAAUUUAUAAACAUUAGCCGAAAUUCUCAAAGUUAUAAGCCAUUAAGCAAUCACUCCUUGAAAUAUUUUUUAAAUCGUGCGAUGAAUGAUAUCUUGAGUAAUCGGUCAGUCUUAUGAUCUGAUUAAAGCCGUCAUGUUCACUUACUGUUAGAAUCAAUACAUGUGACUAAUGAAAUAAGACAAAUGGAUAUCUUAAAUGUACAAAGAAGAUUAAAUUUUUUAUAAAAGUUAAAGUUUUCACUAAGAUCAGAAGAUAUAGGCAGCUUAUCAAGAUAUCUAAUUUUUGUAAUUGACACAUUUCGAUAAAUCGAAAGUUUAAAAGUAUACAAAUCACCAUAAUAUGUUUUGGAUGAAUACGUUUCUUUGUCUUCUUAUCCAUUGCUCACAGCAUGAUCAUCAUUAAAUAAUUUAAUGUGCGAUUUUUAUAAUUGAAAGGGAAUGAGAUUGUAUACAACGGGCUAGUAUUAUGGACUAACAAAUUUUUUACUUCCUAUUCUCUCUUGUACAUACAAAUCCGAUUUAAACAAUGUCCUACAUGCAAUACUAUACAUAUAAUAGUGACAUAACGAUAUUCCUUUUGAUAUGUAAAAUAUUUUAUUUUAUAUGUGAAAAAUUAAAGUCAGCAAAAAAGAAAGUAUGAAAAGAAUAGAACAGUCAAUGAACACACUGAAUUGGAGCAGAAUUGUAGAAUCUUAAACUAAGAAGAGAUAAUACUAAAAAUUAAACACUUGUGACUAAGUCGACUUCUGUCUAUAUGUCGAGGCUGCAGAAGCAUUCUCGUUCAAAGAAAAAAGUUAGAAAAAGAAGAAAAGCGUCGUUCUAAUAUAAAUAUUAAAAUUAUUAUCUUUCAAUCAUGUUAAUUUCACAUUUGCACGAUAAAUGCAUUAAUUUUUUAUACAUAAAGUGAACUUCUGUGCGAGUCGAAAAUUCUUGCAAAAAUGGAUUAGAUUCGACUAGUUGCAUGGUGUCAGAUAAAUAAAAAAGAAAUAAGUCGAUUUAUCUAAUUGUAAUUAAACAUAUACUUUUAUUGUAAUUAAACAUAUACCUUUACUGUAAUUAAUUAUUUACAACACAAAGAUAAAUUCGAUAUAAUAUUUGCGUACAUCUAAGUCGAUUAAUUAAAAUAGAUCAAGUAUAAUAUAAGUAUAUAUGUAUAAAGUUAUAUGCUAUAUACUAUAUCAGAAUACAAAUAACAAAUGUUUUUAAAUAUUUAUAAUAAAAAAUAAAGAAAUCUAUUGUG